CUGCGAACUUCAAAAAAUGAUCCGCGACUCUUGCGUUGUUAGCGCUAGCUCCACUUUUCAACUUUCCCAACUUUCGAGAUAUCAAUGCACUUGUAUGCACCCAAAAAUCGAUUGGACACGUAGAAUGCGCCGCGAUUUGGUUCUGGCUUGUCAGUCGAACUCGCGCACUGCUACAUAGCUUGAAGCUUUUGAUCUCCCUUCAUUCUGACAAGCUCCAAUUUAUUUUGCUUCGAGAAUUGCACGCAGUUGCAUCGUGUAGGACAUUUUGAUAUCUACUAUGCUUCAUACUUGGCUCUGAUUGAAAAUUCAAUGCAUUCAACGAAACACGGAAGCGACCUUAACUUGAUUAAGACUAGAUUUCAUGUCAAUUUUGGGAAUGAAUGAAGGCUUUUUGUUCGGAAACCAAGGGCAGUGAGCUACUGGGAAUGUGUGGGACUUAGUGCAGGAAGCUAUAUUGCAAUAUCAUGGUCUGGAUUUAAAUAUUUGUGACCAAUGCAGCCAAACUUUACCCCGGCAUGUGAUCACAUACCAGCAGUAAUGUACUGCGCAAGUGGUUUUAUUACAACAAGAUCAAAGGCGCGACUUCUAAAUAUCUAGAUGCUGCACCUUUUGAGGAGGAAGAUCGAGUUGGUGUGAUGGUCGAUCUUCUUGCUGGAUUUCUGAUCUUUGUAAGAAACGGAGAGCCCCAAGCAAUCCCUAUCCUAAUCGAUCCUUCGAAGACAUACCUGGCUGUAUUUAGUGAUCGCGCAUGCUACAACUUGCAUCUUAUCCCGAAUGUUCAUAGCAGGCCAUUUACUGUUCUAAUCAAGAUCAAGAUACUACAGUGAGCUCGCUUUAGUUUCAAAAAAUCUGAAUUUAUAGUAUACUCGAUUAAUUAACAUCGGGGUGUGCCACACACAUUUUUGAUUUGGCA